CGUAAUUUGUCAUUUGCUAAUAAUCGAGUUACAUUGUUUCCAUACAUUUCUCAUCUUACAAAAUAACCAUUUGAUCGGAAGGCCUUUCUCUAAGCGCCAAUUGGCAGAAGCUUCUCGACAUUUUAAUCGAGAUAUUUAUUAAUUACCCCUACUACGGCAAUUUCACUAUCUGAUAUGCAUACGUUGACUGUUGACUCUAUAGGCGGACACACUCUACUCGCGUUUAUUGCGUCUGGAGAGAGUUGCUAUGUCGCAAUUUAAUUGAGAGUCGUAAGAACAAUCACCGACCCCCCAGCUACGGGCUGUGGACACGAUACGGUACCUUUCACGCAGCCGCAGAUGCCCAGAGAUGCUCGUGCUGUAGCCACAAGACCAUGUGUUUGGCUUGUACGUGGGUGCAUGUUAAUAAUAAUUAGUAGCUGAUUAGUAGUGGUAGUGACCUUGAGUGGGAUUUGUGAUAAAGAUUGCAGUGACAAGCUAUUACGUAGGGAUAAAUUUGAUUGAAGAAAGAUCGGCAGCUGGCAAGGUGAAACAAGGCGUUGAAGAAAACAGAAUCUGCGAGGACGUCAAUUGUGUUUACUGUAAUGCCCGUGAUGUAAACGCUUUUAUACGUGGGAAUAUUCUAGUUCUUUGAAAAUGAAAUUCAAAUUUAUAUUGGGCAUUAGCUUUUUAUCCGUUUUUUUCAUCGGCCCUGCAUUUACGAGGAUACAUAAGUUUGACUUGAAGAAUGAUUUCCGCCGUUUUAUAUCGUUGAGCAGUUUUGGAUUUUAUAAAGAAGGGAUAUUGAGUGUAAACUUGAUUAAUUUUAAAGCCCUACCUUUCGAUGAUAACGAUGUGUUUGGUUUUAGUCUGGAUCGUACGCUAAGCGAUGCAAUGAAUCCUUAUUUGGAUAGUCACGAUAAAUGCCCUCUACAAGAGACAUUCAAUGCUAAAUCAGAUUACGAGCAAAAAGAUGAAACCGCAGUGAUAUAUUUUAAAUUUGACUUGAAACAUUUGCAGUUGACGGUAAAUUGCAGCAGUAAUGUACAUUCUGUACACAUUUAUAAGAAUUCAAGUAUUAUAAGACUGGCUCGGAAUAAACGGCAUUUACCAGCGAAGCUAAGCGAUAGCUUAUUGUUUUCGAGAACAAAAAGGGAUUCGUUUCCACAUGAAAUCGUUAAUUCGAUGGAUAAUUUCAAGCUGGAUGGGAUGUUUCAAGAAACCAGUACCUGCUUGCAAACACUACCAAUGACAAUGAAAGAAAUUAAGGGUGAAAAGUAUUACAAUACCAGUUUUGCCAUGUACGUUGCCAAUGAAAAAGAGGAGGGAUUGUAUAAUUUAUACUUCCAUAACUGUCCAAAUUAUAGACGCAGAGUUGCAGUAGAUUUUUCGAUGGAAAUUAAAGAAAUAAACAAUGAUAAUUUUUUAAGUGCAGGAGAAAUGCCCUUGCCAGAAUUGUAUUUCAUGAUGGCUCUUUUAUUCUUUCUUUCAGGAUGCUUUUGGGUGUUCAUUUUAAAGAAAAGCAAACAUCCGGUCUUUAAGAUUCAUUACCUUAUGGCGGUUCUCGUUUACUUAAAGUCAUUGUCUUUAUUAUUUCAUGGGAUCAAUUUUCAUUUUAUUCAAACGAAAGGUGAACACGUGGCAGCAUGGGCCAUACUUUAUUACAUCACGCAUUUAUUGAAAGGAGCGGUCUUAUUCAUUACAAUUGUUCUCGUUGGCACCGGCUGGACAUUUAUCAAGCAUAUCUUAGCCGAUAAAGAUAAAAAACUAUUUAUGAUUGUUAUUCCACUUCAGGUUCUGGCGAACGUUGCUGAAAUCAUAAUUGAAGAAAGUGAAGAGGGCGACGUUGAGCAUAAAAGGUGGCGCGAUGUGUUUAUUCUAGUCGAUUUAGUUUGCUGUGGUGCUAUAAUGUUCCCUGUGGUUUGGAGCAUAAGGCAUUUACAAGAGGCAGCGCACAUGGAUGGCAAAGCAGCUGCUAAUUUACGUAAAUUGAAGCUGUUUAGGCACUUUUACAUUAUGAUUGUUUGCUACAUAUACUUUACUCGCGUCAUAGUCUACCUACUAAAGAUAACCGUACCCUUCCAAUACGAGUGGUUAGACGAAAUGUUCCGGGAAAUGGCAACUUAUGUAUUUUUUGUAUUAACCGGUUAUAAAUUUAGACCAGCCUCGGCAAAUCCUUAUUUUACAUUAUCAGCUGAAGAACUUGCUCAGGGUGAUGAUGACGAAGAAACGGAUGUUGUUGUAUUUUCUAGUGUUACGGGUAAUAGUGGUUUGACCGAAGGUCUGUGUAAAGUAAAUAAGGUUAUAAAAGUCAAUAGGCCAAUCUCUUCAGAAGUGCCAUCUACUCAAGAGGAAAGAGACAAUCUUAUUAGUAAAAGGGAGUCCUCGCACGAGUAUGAUUGAGGAUAUUUUUUCUAUCGAUGAUAAUAUCAAAUUAGAUGUAUGUGAUCGUUUUUGAUAUACUACGUAUAGCAAAGAAUGUAAAGGAUACUAAAGUUCCUUUCAUUAUUUCACGUACGUUUCAUACAGUCCUUGAAAGUUUUAUUCAAGGGAUUAAUGCUGUUAAAUACAUGUCUGAAAUUGUUGCAU